AUGACGGCUCUUAAUCUAAAAGCACAAAAAGCCGCGGGGAUCACCAGAGAAGAUUCGACUUCCCUAUUUUGUUCGAUUUCCGGCUCACUCACUCGUUUACUCAUUCUCUAUUUCUUCGUGAUCAUCGCGUCAAUUCUCGGUUUCGCCUACUAUUUCACCCAAUGUUUAUAUCUACUCGUCGCCAUCGGCGUUUUGAUGGGCGCCUUUUGUUUGGCCUUGCCGAAAUUGAUUCAAUUCUUCAUUCGAACCGAGAAUGCGACUUUUGAGUGUCGGCUGGUGCAAAAGGAGAGCACAGGAAGACCACCAGUGCCCAUCUAUACGAUUCCCAGCGAAUUCAUGGUG